GGCGGCGGCCGGCGCGGAGGGCAGCGGCGCGCCGCCGCGGCGCGGAGCGCACCGAGCACCAUGGCCCUGGCCCCGGGGAGUGCUCGCACGGGGACUAAACUCUGUGGAUACAAUGAAGUGAAUCUGGGACUCUUGGUUUAGCGGGGAAAAUUAAAUAAACCAAUUUAUUUCCACUACUAGGAGUAAAGACCAGUAUAGACAAAGCAGGAUGAAAAGAUGGCUGACUUCUUGUUACCACCGGGAACUAACAGCUUCCACCGGUUCACGCCUGAAUCUCUGGCUGCGAUUGAGAAAAGAAUUGCAGAGAAGCUUGCGAGGAACGCGAAGCAGGAGUACAGAGAGCAGCUGGGUGAAGAAGAGAAACCUCAGCCCCAGUUUGAUUUACAAGCUUGCAAGAAGCUGCCCGAUAUCUAUGGGACUGUGCCUCCGGAGCUCAUUGGAGAGCCGCUGGAGGACCUUGACCCUUUCUACAGUGAUCGCAAGACAUUUGUAGUACUGAACAAAGGGAAGACAAUCUUUCGAUUUAGUGCCACUCCUGCCUUGUAUAUACUUAGCCCUUUCCAUCCAAUUAGAAGAACAGCAAUUAAAAUUUUGGUACAUUCAUUGUUCAGUAUGUUUAUUAUGUGCACUAUUCUAACUAAUUGUGUGUUCAUGGCACAAUCAGAGACUCCGCCGUGGAAUAAAUACGUUGAGUACACUUUCACUGGCAUUUACACUUUUGAAUCAUUGAUAAAAAUAUUGGCAAGAGGAUUUUGCAUGACAGAAUUCACCUUCCUUCGAGAUCCAUGGAACUGGCUGGAUUUCAGUGUUAUUGUUAUGGCAUACAUAACUGAAUUUGUGGACCUGGGCAAUGUCUCAGCCUUACGAACGUUCAGAGUACUUCGGGCGCUGAAAACAAUCUCAGUCAUUUCAGGCCUGAAGACCAUUGUAGGUGCACUUAUCCAGUCUGUUAAGAAACUUGCUGAUGUGAUGAUCCUGACGGUUUUCUGCUUGAGUGUCUUUGCCCUCAUAGGCCUCCAGCUCUUCAUGGGCAAUUUGCGACACAAGUGUGUCAGGGACUACACCCAAUUUAACUCUACCAAUGGCACAUUGUAUUUGGAUGGUAGGACAUGGAACAACUCAGAUGACUUUCUUAGUGAUCCAGUGAACUACUUCAUAAAAAAUGGUACAGAAGAUGUGUUACUUUGCGGCAAUAGCAGUGAUGCUGGCACGUGUCCUGAGGGAUAUAUAUGCCUGAAGGCUGGGGAAAAUCCUGACCAUGGUUACACAAGCUUUGACACUUUUGGCUGGGCCUUUCUCUCUCUGUUCCGUCUUAUGACCCAGGAUUAUUGGGAACGUCUUUAUCAACAGACUCUCAGAUCUGCUGGGAAGAUCUACAUGCUCUUUUUUAUGCUGGUCAUUUUCCUGGGCUCAUUUUAUUUGAUCAACCUGAUUCUGGCUGUUGUAGCCAUGGCUUACGAAGAGCAGAACCAAGCCACUAUUGCUGAAACAGAGGAGAAGGAAAGGAAGUUUCGGGAAGCCAUGGAGAUGUUAAAGAAGGAGCAGGAGGCACUAGCUGCUAAAGGAAUUGAUUCAAUGUCACUUAGCUCAUUGGAAAUGUCACCUUUAACAUCAAAAAAUGCUAAAGAAAGAAGAAAUAGGCGAAAGAAAAAAAAGUCUUUAGGAGCAGAAGAGUAUGGGGAAGACCAAAGGAAUCCCAAGUCUGAAUACGAUGAUGGUCAGAGGAGAAUGACUUCUCCCUCUGACGAGGCAAGCAAGAGGCAGCUUCUAAUGCCCCACCGCCCGUCGGUGGACCACUCCGACGAGCCGUUUCAGAGGCAGAGGGCAGUGAGCGCUGUCAGCAUCAUCACCAGUGCCCUGGAAGAGCUUGAGGAAUCACAUCAGAAAUGCCCUCCAUGCUGGAACCAUUUUGCUGUUAAAUUUCUCAUUUGGGAUUGCUGCCCGCUUUGGCUUUUAAUCAAGAAAUUUGUCAAGUUGGUGGUAAUGGAUCCAUUUACCGACCUCACCAUCACCCUUUGCAUUGUGCUGAAUACACUCUUCAUGGCCUUGGAGCAUUAUAAGAUGACGAAGGAGUUUGACCACAUGCUUUAUAUAGGCAAUCUGGUCUUCACUGGGAUUUUUACAGCAGAAAUGAUCUUCAAAGUAAUUGCCCUUGACCCCUACUACUAUUUUCAGCAGGGCUGGAAUAUUUUUGACAGCAUAAUUGUUAUACUCAGCCUGAUGGAACUGGGUUUGUCCAGCAUGGGAAACCUGUCCGUUUUGCGCUCCUUUCGAUUGCUGCGAGUCUUCAAAUUGGCAAAGUCCUGGCCGACCUUAAAUACACUGAUUAAAAUCAUUGGUAAUUCAGUGGGUGCCCUAGGUAACCUCACUCUCGUGCUGGCAAUCAUCGUUUUUAUUUUUGCGGUGGUGGGAAUGCAGCUUUUUGGGAAAAGCUACAUAGACAAUGUCAAGAAGAUAAGCACAACUGGCAAUUUACCACGUUGGCACAUGAACGAUUUCUUCCAUUCCUUCCUCAUUAUAUUCCGAAUCCUCUGCGGGGAGUGGAUCGAGACCAUGUGGGACUGCAUGGAAGUAGCGGGGCAACCGCUGUGCCUUCUUGUCUUCUUGUUGGUCAUGGUGAUUGGAAACCUAGUGGUGCUCAACCUGUUCCUUGCCUUGCUGCUAAGCUCUUUCAGUGCUGACAACCUCUCGGCACCUGAUGAGGAUGGAGAGAUGAACAACCUGCAACUUGCUUUUGCUCGGAUCAACAGGGGGCUUCAGUAUGUGAAGCACACGACAUGGGAUUUUUGCUGCAAUGUCCUCCGACAUCCUAAGACGACAGCUGAAAAGAAGGCAAUGAUGAAACUUGCUGCCCAGAAUCCAGGUGCUCUCAACAACUGCGUGAACAGCCACACAACUACUGAGCUUGGCAAAGACAUGGAGAAUCACAAGGAGAACCACACUGAGGAUGGGAUGAACAAAAACAGGGAGAAACACCUAGGAAUUAUGGACAAUGAUGAUUUUAUGACCAAUCCUGACCUGUCCAUUUGUGUUCCUAUUGCUGUGGGAGAGUCUGAUAUCGAGGAGGAAGAUGAGGAGCAGAGCACGUUUACAGAAAUGGAACAGGAUUAUUUCCAGCAGGAAAAACAGCUGCAGCUGAGGGGGCAGCGAUGCCAAAGCCCAGGCGUCCGGAGUCAGAACUCUGAGAUUUCUGAAGAGUUAAGUGAGUUGCACGUGGAUAAGCAGUUGAAGGCUGAGCCAUCACCUCCAGUAGGGCAAAAAGAGCUUGAUGAAAUCAGUCUUUCUGAAGGCAGCACAGUGGAUUUGACAAAUCCUGCAGAACUGCUGGAACAGAUCCCUGAGUUUGCCGAGGAGCUGAUGGAGCCUGAAGAUUGCUUCCCUGAAGUUUGUGUCCGAUUCUUCCCAUGUUGUUCAGUGGACACCACAAAGUUUCCAGGCAAAAUUUGGUGGAGGCUGCGGAAAACCUGCUACAGAAUUGUUGAACACAACUGGUUUGAAACUUUCAUCAUAUUCAUGAUCCUGCUGAGCAGUGGAGCCCUGGCUUUUGAAGAUAUCUACCUGGAAGACCGAAAAAAUAUAAAAACCAUGUUGGAAUAUGCUGACAAAAUAUUUACGUACAUCUUUGUCUUGGAAAUGCUUUUGAAAUGGGUGGCUUAUGGCUUCAAGAAGUAUUUCACCAAUGCCUGGUGCUGGCUUGACUUUCUCAUUGUAGAUGUCUCUUUAAUAAGCCUCAUAGCUAAUACACUUGGAUACUCCGAGAUGGGUCCUAUUAAAUCCCUCAGGACCCUGCGAGCUUUGAGACCGUUAAGAGCAUUGUCACGAUUUGAAGGGAUGAGGGUGGUGGUCAAUGCCCUCGUGGGAGCCAUCCCUUCCAUCAUGAAUGUCCUGCUCGUCUGCCUCAUCUUCUGGCUCAUCUUCAGCAUUAUGGGAGUGAAUCUGUUUGCUGGAAAGUUUGGGAAGUGCAUUAAUAAGACAGAAGGAGAUAUGCCUUUAGACUCAAAAAUUAUUAACAACAUGAGUGAUUGCAUACUCUAUAAUGUGUCCGGCACAUUUUAUUGGACAAAAGUUAAAGUUAACUUUGAUAACGUUGGUGCUGGGUACCUGGCUCUGCUACAAGUGGCAACUUUUAAAGGUUGGAUGGAAAUUAUGUAUGCAGCAGUGGAUUCGCGAGAGUGUGAGGAGCAGCCUGAAUGGGAGUGUAAUUUAUACAUGUACCUGUAUUUUGUGAUUUUCAUCAUCUUUGGGUCUUUCUUCACACUGAAUCUCUUCAUAGGUGUCAUUAUUGACAAUUUUAACCAACAAAAGAAAAAGAUAAGUGGACAAGACAUUUUUAUGACAGAAGAACAGAAAAAGUAUUAUAAUGCAAUGAAAAAACUGGGAUCUAAGAAACCUCAAAAACCAAUCCCAAGGCCGCUGAACAAAUACCAAGGUUUUAUUUUUGAUGUCGUCUCAAAACAAGCCUUUGAUGUCUCCAUCAUGAUUCUCAUCUGCCUUAACAUGGUUACCAUGAUGGUGGAAACAGAUGACCAAAGUCAAGAAAAAGUGAACAUCCUCCACAAAAUAAACAUGCUUUUUGUUGCCAUCUUCACUGGAGAGUGUAUCAUUAAAAUGCUUGCUUUGCGACACUACUACUUCACCAACGGCUGGAACAUAUUUGACUUUGUUGUUGUGAUUCUCUCUAUUGUAGGCACUGUACUUUCAGACAUCAUCCAGAAAUAUUUUUUCUCUCCUACACUCUUCAGAGUCAUUCGCUUGGCUCGGAUUGGCCGGAUCCUAAGACUCAUCCGGGGAGCCAAAGGAAUUCGAACUCUCCUUUUUGCCUUAAUGAUGUCCCUACCUGCUCUGUUCAACAUUGGCCUCUUGCUUUUUCUGGUCAUGUUCAUUUAUGCCAUUUUUGGCAUGGCUAACUUUGCCUAUGUGAAGAAGGAGUAUGGAAUUGAUGAUAUGUUCAACUUCCAAACCUUUGCUAACAGCAUGCUCUGUCUCUUCCAAAUCACAACGUCAGCUGGCUGGGAUGGUCUUCUCAAUCCUAUUUUAAACACUGGACCACCGUAUUGCGACCCAAACCUUCUAAAUGCAAAUGGUUCAAAGGGAGACUGUGGAAGCCCUGCUGUAGGGAUUUUAUUCUUUGUUACUUAUAUCAUUAUAUCAUUUCUCAUUGUUGUAAACAUGUACAUAGCCAUUAUUUUAGAGAACUUCAGUGUAGCCACUGAGGAAAGUACAGAGCCUCUAAGCGAGGAUGAUUUUGAUAUGUUCUAUGAAAUCUGGGAGAAGUUUGAUCCUGAAGCCACUCAGUUUAUUGAGUACUCUGCACUUUCAGACUUUGCAGAUGCACUGUCAGAACCUUUGCGCAUAGCGAAACCAAACAAAAUUAAGCUCAUAGCAAUGGACCUGCCCAUGGUCAGUGGAGACAGGAUCCAUUGCUUGGAUAUUUUGUUUGCUUUUACAAAAAGGGUGCUAGGAGAAUCUGGGGAGAUGGAUGCUCUUAAAAUACAGAUGGAGGAAAAGUUCAUGGCAGCGAAUCCAUCUAAGAUCUCUUACGAACCCAUUACAACCACUCUCAGACGGAAACAGGAAGAGGUCUCUGCCAUCGUUAUCCAGCGGGCCUACAGGAGACACUUGUUUCGACGCUCCAUGAAGCAGGCUUCCUACUUGUACCGGCACAGGACUUUUGACAGCAGCAUCCUCGAGGACGAGGCACCCGAGAAGGAGGGUCUCAUCGCAUUCAUGAUGAACGAGAACUAUGGCAGGCCAAUAGAUAAAUCAGAAACACUGUCCUCCACAUCUUUCCCUCCAUCGUACGACAGCGUCACCAGAGGUACAAGUGAUAAUCUCCAGCUGAAGAUUACGGACUCCAGCAAAAGCGAUGAGGCUAUAGAUUGUCUGCUCUCGCCGGACAGAGAUAAAGAAUCGAUUGUUUAAAUGUUUGUUUAGAAUGCUUUAAAACAUUGUUUACAGAAUGUAAUGCUGUAACUACACAACGACUGAAGCAGCCUUCUUAUUAAACAUUAGUUGCAAAAGAAGCAAUGGAGUUUUUACCCUUAACUACAGGAGUCUAAUAAGUCAUAUAACCUUUGACCCUGCUCUUUUUGACUUGGCUCAAUAUUUAUAUUUAUAUAUGCACAGGAAGAAUCUUUGCAGGGUCAUAGCUGUUAUAUCAAUGGUGUGAAUAUGAAUAUGCUAGACUGUAAAACAGUAAACACAGUGUAUAUCUAUCCACAGAUAAAACCUGGCUGUAUACAUUCAUUUAAGGUCUUACUCAUAUUAGUGUGUUUACUUAUGGCGAUGUAUGACCUUGCAUUCUAAAAAGAAAAAAAAAAUAUAUCACAGCUGCUGUAGCAAAAUGUAACACUUACUGUAUAUGUUGUGAAUGGUCUUUCAUAAAUUUAUUAUAUUUGAUAUUUUUUUACUUAAAAGAAAUUGUCUCUUUUUCCAUGGAGAUUAAUGAUCCUUACACUCUUCAUGAUGAACUCUGAGUCAAGGUAAUAAGAACUUGUGGGAUCCUCAUCAUUUGAAGAGGAAAGUUGUUACAAAGUAAACUAUUAAAUUAGCAACAUUUUAAUUGUUUAUUACACUAAUCCCUCCCUCUUGGACUUGUAACUGCUCAUCAGCAGCAGGAACACAAAAAAAAAAAAAAAAAAAAAAAGGAGAGAAGGAAACGAUGUCAAAUAAUAAGAGAAACGGUUUGUUCUAUCCUUCAGGAAACUAGAUAGCAAUGGAUUCUGUUUGUAAAACUGUUAAUAAAAGCACUAAUUUUUUAGUAUGUUUCGAGAAUCUGCUUUGAAUACUGCAAUCAAACUCUCAUAGAAGUAGUGCAUCACGUUGUGUGUAGUGCUCCAAAGCACCGUUUAUUCUGGCAAUAUUUCUUUUGAGGGAGUGGGAUAGGUUACAUUUUCCCCAGAAACACUGAGCUAAACAGCCUUAUUAAAAAAUCUGUGGAUCAAUAUUACUCCAAAAGAAAAAAACAGCCAAACUAAUCAUGAUAAUGCCGACUGGGCUGUGCAGAACAGUUGCGAUGGUGCGUUUGAGAAGGUGGGAGGGGAAUCGCCUCCAGAUCUGUACAUACGUUCUGAGGGUUUGAGUCCUUUCUACUCAAUGUCCGUCCUUCAUUUUUCUCAGAUAAUACGGCUAUAUAACUGAGGAAGGACAAGAAGUACUGGAACCAAUAAGAAGAAUCUACUAGAAAAUAGAAAUAUUUUCAUUCCUGCCGGAAAAAAAGAAAUAUUUACAGCUGAUGUAUCCAUCAGCUUCAGGCCAAAGAUAUGACAAAGGCGUGAAAGGUUGACGUGUGGCUGUAGAAAAGUGUUAGAGGUUUUACAUGCUAAUCUAGAUUAUUAUUUAUUGUUAAACUUUCAGCUUUGAUAGAAUGUGAGAAAGUACUUAUGGAAGACAGAGACAAGUCCGUCAUUACAGACAAGUUAUUUUUCUUUUUUCACUUUCACACUGAUUGUACUUAGGUUUGGUUAGACUUCAUGGAAAAUCUUGCCUGAGAUUUCUGUAAUGAGCCAUUGCACUUUAAGGAAGAGUAAUUGUGCUUUUCACCUUGGAGAAGCAAAGUUAUCGAGAAUGUAUUUAAGGUGUACAGUCAUUGACUUUUAUUUACAUCCCAGGUUGUAAAGGAGUCAAAAUCCACAUGGGGUUGGCAAACAGAAUUAAAGCAACAUGUUACAGUGAACUUUAUCUAUGGCCAUAUUAUCUGUCCUCUAAACAAAUCAAAGCGUAAAGAUAACACAUACUAUGUAUCUGUGUAAAUAUGGGCAAAUAUAUUCUCUCCUUUCAUUGAGAUGUCUCAGGCACUCACUAGAGAGUGGUUUAUUGGUUAAUUCAGAGGGUUUGCCAUCAGGAUUCGUGGGGUCUAUUCCUGAUUCUUGCAAAGUGAUUUUUAGGCGGCAAAUAAUUUAACCUAACUGUGCCUCAGUUUACCCAUCUGUAAAAUGGGGAUAAUAAUACUUACCUACCUCAUGGGGUGUUGUAAGGUUUGCGAAGUGCUAUAAGGGGAUGAAAUGUACUAUAUAAGUAUUAUUAUAGUCUUGCUCUCUUGCCCUUUUAACCCCAUGUCUGUGGUGUAUAACAUAGGGCUAUUCCUCUGGGGAUUUUGUUGCCUUUAAAUCUUGUAUGUAAUUAGAUUCCAACUUAAGGGAACUACUCUUCUAUCCAUAAAGUGAAAGCAUUCUUUCUUUUCUUUCCUCCCCCCACCUUAAAAAUAAAGAAAUAAAGAAAGAACUGCUCAAGGCUUCUCAAGUAAGAGAAACUUUCUACAGAUUCCCUGUGUAUUUAUGAUGUAAUAUUAUUCUGUACAUAUCACCCAGAAAGAGUAGAAGAUUUUUAUAUUUAUACACACACAUUCACACGCACACACAAACACACACAUACAUACACUAUACGUAUAUGUAUAUGUACCUUGUGAGUUUAUAGAGUGGCUGACACUCAGAGGAUGUGACCUACUGAUUCAAAUGUUUUUUUUUUCUCAGUGGAAUUUAUUGAUCAUUUGAAACAAGCUGCCUAUAAUGAAACUUUUUAAUUAGGAAGCAGUGCAUGCAUUACUUGCUGAACAAGCAUUUAUUGGCUGACAUCUGGCAAAAUUAUUUUCCUUUUGAUGCUUCAGAACAAAAAUGGAAGGAAAAAUAUUAAGAAAAUGAGCAUUUCUUAUCUGAUUUCUUUGUAAAUAAUACAAAUAGUCAAACAGCCUGCACACAGCUGUGCUCUGUUGACCACAUAAUUUUACAAAUAUUUUAACUAUUUGUAACUUAUAUUAAAAAGUGUAUUCAUAAUAUACUCAAUGAUAUUCUUAAUAGCAGUGAGGCCCAGUAGUGAAUGGGAUGUAAUGGGAAGAUUAGCUGGUCACUGGUUAUGUUACAGAAGAGCUCGCUGACUGCUCAUUUCACCCUUGCAUUGAGCAUUUUACUGUCGUUGCUGUGAGACCCUAUGGCACUGAUGCAAUUAUAAAUGGUUCUAUCUUCUACCCAAAACCUGUACAAAAUCAUAAUUCACAAAAAUCUGGAAGAGGGUCUUAACUACCGAUGUUUACAGCGCAACUUUCUAAAAAUGAAUUGUAAAUUACGUUCAAAAGCUUUGUAAAUGGAAGGUUGGUUUUCUAUUGGGUUUUCUGUUGUGUUGUGGCACAUUUCUUUAGAGCUGAAGAGUGACUGCUACCUUUGUAUGAUAUGCAGAACUCCCCUGAAAAAUUUCAAGUAACCUAUCUUGCAAAUCUUUAUUAAUGGAGAUACUGAUCCAACUCUAGCAAUGAUACAGCCUCCGAGUACAGAGAUUUAGUUAAAGAUAUUGACUCAAUAGUUGGCCCACACUGUCUAUAAGCAUGGUGAGUGCUACCAUUUUUUCCUGUUGAUUUGUUCAAUAAAGGCUACGACAUGAAUCACUCAAGCUACAAAAAGAGCAAGGAAAAUAUCAGCCAAUAUCAUAGGAUAUAUUAAGCCAUUUGUACCUGGAAAAAAGUCAAGUUUAUUAUGUUUCUUUAUUAAAUAAAUAAGGAUAACAAAUA